AUGGCAGUAAUAAGUAUUAAUGACCAAGAUCAGUUCACUAAACUAACCACUACUGAAGCAAACGGUCGUUUGAUUUGUUUGUAUUUGUACACAAAUUGGGCAGAACCAUGUAAAGUUAUGACGGAAGUUUUUCAAACCUUGAGUGAGGAUCCAACUAAUUCUAAUAUUUUGUUUCUAUCUACAGAUGCCGAUGAAUUCAGUGAAAUUGCAGAACUAUUCAAUGUAUCUGCUGUUCCUUAUUUUAUUAUUAUUCAAAACGAAACUAUACUAAAUGAAAUAUCAGGUGCUGAUCCAAAGGAAUUCAUAGCUGCAUUAGAUCAAUGCAAGAAGCAAUUAGAGGAUGGUAAUCUCAAUUCAAAAGAAGAAGCAACAUCGAAUCAAAAUGGUAAUGAUGAUGCCGAUGAAGGUGAAGAUGAAGGUGAAAAUGAAGAGACAGAAGAAGAAUUAAAUGAAAGAUUAACUAAAUUAACACGAGCAGCACCAGUAAUGUUAUUCAUGAAAGGUAACCCAACAGAACCAAAAUGUGGGUUUUCAAGACAACUUGUUGGUAUUUUAAGAGAAUAUCAACUAAGGUUUGGUUUUUUUGAUAUUUUAAAAGAUGAUUCUGUAAGACAAGGUUUGAAGAAAUUUUCUGACUGGCCAACGUUCCCACAACUAUAUAUCAAUGGUGAAUUCCAAGGUGGUUUAGAUAUCAUUAAAAGGUCAUUAGAAGAGGACAAUGAUUUUUUUCAAAAUGCCCUUGAGUCAUGA